AUGGAUCGACCCUCGAGGGGAAUCGAAUUCAGUGAAGACUCAGUUCCAUUGUUAUCGGGUGAGAAUCUUCCCGGUGGGUUGAAAUUUCAGGAGCCGUUUUUAUAUCAAAAUAAUAUAGAUACCGUACCAAUUUCUCUGCACCCGAGUGGUAGUAAUUUAGCCUCGUGGCCGUGUGCGGGUGUGGAGGAAGAUCCUCUUGCGGACUCUGACUUUAGUGAUAUAGCUCUCAAGUACCUAAGCCAGAUACUAAUGGAGGAAGACCUAGAAGAAAAGACUGGCAUGUUUAAGGAGUCUUUGGCGCUUGAGGCCACUGAGAAAUUGUUCCAUGACAUCAUUGGGGAGACAUAUCCUCCUCCAGGCGAGGAAAAUUGUGGCAACCACCCAUCUGAAAAUGAUAGUAUAGAUUUUAGUACUUGUAAUAGUAAUGAUACUAGAGAUGGUAACUUAGUGGAACCAGGGAGGAAUUAUGAUAAGUCUCCGCAUAUUGCUUCCCCGUCAACUUCUCAUUCCUUCAGUUCUUCAAGCAGCCCAAAUAUUGUCUUAGAUGGUUUUGUCGAUGUUCCAAUGAGUACCCUUAAGGUUCCCAAUAUAUUUAAUGACAGAGAAUCUGUUUUGCAGUUCAGGAGGGGGUUUGAGGAAGCUAGUAAAUUCCUUCCAAAUAGUUCUGAUUUGUCAGUUGAUUCGGCAAACCAUAAUACAGGACUGUUAGUCCCUAAUAAUGUAAUGAAUAAAGUGGAGAAGAAGCAUGGAGGGGAGCAUUUUACAGAUGGGUCAAGGGGAAAGAAGAAGACUCAUCGAGAUUUGGAAUGUGAGGAAGUGAAGAGUAACAAGCAGAGUGCUGUUUAUAAUGAAAUGACACUGACAUCAGAAAUGUUUGAUCGAGUAUUACUCUGUGAUGCAGAUGCAUAUGAAGCUGCCCUUCGUGAAUCCUUUCAAAAUGAAACAAGCAAGACUCUGCAGCAGGAUGGUCAAUCAAAAGGAUCUAAUGCUGGAAAGCCCCGAGGUCGGAAGAAGGGUGGGAAAAAGGAUUUGGUGGACUUGAGAAGUCUAUUAGCUCUUUGUGCACAAGCUGUGGCGGAUGAUGAUCAGGUGAGCGCAGGUAAGCAACUGCAGCAGAUCAGGCAGCAUGCAUCUCCAAUGGGUGAUGGGAUGCAGAGACUGGCUCACUAUUUCGCUAAUGCACUUGAGGCACGCUUGGAUGGCUCUGGAUCCCAGAUUUGCAAAGCGGUUAUUACCAAACCAUCAGCUGCCCAUUUCUUGAAAGUUUACCACCUACUUCUUGCAGUGUGCCCCUUUUUAAAAGUCCUUAAUUUCUUCACCAAUAAGACAAUCACAAAAGCAGCGGAGAAAGCAGAGAGGCUCCAUAUUAUUGAUUUUGGUGUUCUCUACGGUUUCUCAUGGCCUUCACUUAUACAACGUCUCUCAACUAGGCCUGGUGGGCCUCCCAAGCUUCGGAUUACCGGGAUUGAUUUUCCAGAACCUGGCUUCCGACCGGCACAAAGGGUUGAAGAGACAGGGCGUUGGAUAGCAAAUUAUGCCAAGAGUUUCAAUGUCCCAUUUCAGUUCAAUGCCAUUGCACAAAAGUUUGAAACAGUUCAAGUUGGGGAUCUCAAGAUCGGUAGCGAGGAGGUUGUUAUAGUGAGGUGUCGAUAUCGAUUUAGAAACCUCCUGGAUGAAACAGUGGUGGCAGAGAGUCCAAGAAACAUAGUUCUGAAUCUGAUCAGGAAGAUGAACCCAGAUAUUUUCAUACACGCCGUCGUGAAUGCGGCCUGCGAUGCCCCCUUUUUCAUGACACGAUUCCGAGAGGCUCUCUUCUACUAUUCUGCUUUGUUCGACAUGCUUGAGAAUAAUGUGCCCCGCAACAUUUUGGAGAGGGUGGUGAUCGAGAGAGAAAUAUUUGGCCGAGAGAUAAUGAACAUGAUUGCGUGUGAGGGAUCAGAGAGGAUCGAGAGGCCAGAGACGUACAAGCAAUGGCAGGUCCGUAAUGAGAGGGCUGGAUUUAGGCAGCUCCCUUUGGACCAGGAGAUUGUUAAUAUAGCAAAGGAGGGGCUUUUUUAACUUU